GUUACCAUGGCGUCUGGUGCCAGCAUGGAGGCUCCCAUCUGUCUAGUGGAAAAUGAGAAUGGAGAGCUGAGGGUGAAUCCCAAAGCAGUGAACAUCCUUGAGGAGAUUACUCAGCCUGUGGUGGUGGUGGCCAUUGUGGGACUGUACCGUACAGGGAAGUCCUACCUGAUGAACCGCUUGGCAGGACAGAACCACGGCUUCAAUCUGGGCACUACAGUGAGGUCUGAGACUAAGGGCAUCUGGAUGUGGUGUGUGCCUCACCCCACCAAGCCACAAUUCAAACUCGUGCUUCUGGAUACAGAAGGUCUAGGUGAUGUGGAAAAGGGUGACUCUAAGAAUGACUCUUGGAUCUUCGCCCUGGCCGUGCUUCUAAGCAGCACCUUUGUCUACAACAGCAUGAGCACCAUCAACCACCAGGCCCUGGAGCAGCUGCACUAUGUCACUGAACUGACAGAGCUGAUCAGGGCAAAAUCCACGUCAGAAUCUGAAGAAAUGGAUGACUCCUGUGAGUUCGUGAGUUUCUUUCCAGACUUUGUCUGGGCUGUUCGGGAUUUUGUUCUGGAGCUGAAGUUGGAUGGAUGCGUCAUCACAGCAGAUGAGUACCUGGAGAAUGCCCUGAAGCUGAUUCCAGGCAGAGGUCUCAAAGCUCAACGUUCUAACAUGCCUAGGGAAUGCAUCAGGCAUUUCUUUCCAAAACGGAAGUGUUUUGUUUUUGAUCGACCUACAAAAGAAACAGAACUCUUAGUCCAUGUUGAGGAAAUGCCAGAAGACCAGUUGGGUCAAAAUUUCCAAUUGCAAUCAAAAGCAUUCUGCUCUCACAUCUUCUCCAAUGCAAAGGCCAAGACCUUGAAAGAGGGAAUCAUUGUCAAUGGAAACCGACUGGCAACUCUGGUGACGACCUAUGUGAAUUCCAUCAAUAGUGGAGCAGUUCCUUGUUUGGAGAAUGCAGUGACCACUCUGGCUGAGCGUGAGAACUCUGCAGCUGUGCAGAGGGCAGUUGACCACUACAAUGAGCAGAUGGCCCAGCAACUGAAGCUCCCCACAGACACGCUCCAGGAGCUGCUGGAUGUGCACACAGCCUGUGAGAAGGAAGCCAUUGCUGUCUUCAUGGAGCACUCCUUCAAGGAUGAUGAUCAAAAAUUCCAGAAGAAGUUGGUGACCACUUUAGAGAAAAGGAAGGAAGCUUUCAUGCAACAGAACGAAGCAGAAUCUCUCAGUCUCUGCCAGGCUGAGCUGGAGAAGCUGGCAGAGCCCCUGAGGGAGAGCGUCUCACGUGGAGCUUUCUCUGUUCCUGGUGGGCACAGCCUCUACUUAGAAGCCAGGAAGAAGGUUGAGCAGGGCUAUGAGCAAGUGCCCAGGAAGGGAGUGAAGGCAAAUCAUGUCCUUCAGAGCUUCCUACAGUCGCAGGUUACCAUAGAGGACUCCAUCUUGCAGUCAGACAAAGCCCUCACUGAUGGACAGAAGGCCAUGGAAGCUGAGCGGGCUCAGAAGGAGGCAGCGGAACAGGAGCAGGAGCUACUGAGACAGAAACAGGCGGAAAUGCAGCAAGUGAUGGAAGCUCAAGAGAGAACCUACAAAGAAAACAUGGCCCAACUGCAUGAGAAGAUGGAGACCGAGAGGAAGAACCUUCUGAGAGAGCAAGAGGAGAUGCUAGCACACAAGUUGAAGAUCCAAGAAGACAUGCUUAAAGAGGGAUUUAAAAGGAAAUGUGAAGCAAUGGAUUCAGAGAUAAGCCAACUACAAAGGGAGAUUCAAAAAAAUAAGGGCCAGAAUGGCUCACUGGAUGCUAAGCUCCGUGAAGGGUUUGGAAAUGUGUUACUUGCAGUAUUGCCUGGUGCUGGUAAGGUACUUAAUCUAGGGAUGAAAAUGCUACACAAUCGAAUGGUAAGGGCAAUGAUUCAUUAGAAAACUGUAAAUAUGGUAUCUUUAUUCCUGAGAAUUAUUUUUUAACUCUGUAUCAAUAUUAACUUCAUUUAUUAAGUUUCAAACACCAAGAGCAUUGGUCACUCUCCACACUCUCUACACCAGUCCAGCCACAGACCCUUUGGUCUUCAAUGGUGUCCUGCCUGCAAAAUAUGCUGGUGCAAUGUUGGCACGACUUGACUUAAGGUCCACUCCACAGCAUGAAACCCAUAACUGACACUGCUUGGGUGACUAAGAAUCAGAGGCUAGAUAGCCCAGAGAACCUACAGUAAAACCAAGUAUUACUAUUCUAUACCCUCCCAAAGGUAGCAAUAAAAUGAUACCUAAUGACAUUCUGCUAUACUCAUAGGUCAGUACCUUGCUCAGCCAUCAUCAGAGAAGCUUCCUCCUGCAGCAGAUGGGAACACAUACAGAGACCAAUUGCCAGAAAUUAUGCAGAGAGUGAGAGACUUUGGAACAGUUAGCCCUAAAUGGGGUGUCUCCAUCAAACCCAUUUACUCAGGCCUCAGGAAAACUGUCAAAGACAAGGCAGAAAGAGUAUAAGAGUCAGAGGGGAUGGAGGACACCAAGAAAUCAAGGCCUCUUUGGGGCUGGAGAGAGGACUCAAAGGUUGAGAGCACUGGCUGCUUUUCUAGAGCUGCUCUUCCAAAGGACCCUGGUUCAAUUCCCAGGACCUACAUGGCAGCUCACAACUGUUUGUAACCCUGGUUCCAGGGGAUCAGACACCCUCACAUGGACAUACAUGCAAGCAAAAACACCAAUGCACAUAAAAAAAACAUUAAAAAUGUUUAAAAAGAAAGAAAAUAAGGUCCUGCUAAUCAACAGAAUCAAUGCACAUAGGAACUCAUAGAGACUGAGGCAAGCAUGCAGAAGGCCUGUACAAGUCUGCAACAGCUGGGAUCCUAGAACUGAAAGGAGAAGUGAAAACAUGACCCCAUCCCUAAUCCAGAAUCGACCUCCAAUUGAUAACCACUUACAAAUGAAAAUUUAGUUUUCUCCAAGGGAGUUUCAUUGGGGAAACAAACUACUCCAUCCUGUGGAGUGGACCUUAAGUCACUAUCUGAGAUGGUGGAUCUGGAUGGCAGGCGAGGUGGGGAGAAAUUCGGAGGAGUAUCAGGAAGGGAAAUGGUGGUCAGAAUUAUGUGAGAAAAAUAUCCUUUUUCAAUAAAAGUAAAAUAAUUAAAAGCAAUCCAUUACAUUUUUAUAUGGUGGG